ACAGUGAAGCGCAGUUGAGGAACAGCCUUGAAGCGCUUUUGGAACUGCUGCAGUGAACGAACGGAUACACUUCGCCCUCAUCUCAGCACUCGCCACUUCGCUAUCGUAGGAUUUCUCAAACAGAAAAAUAACUUCCGUGGAAGAUACUGGCUGGAUCUGAGGCCCUAAAGGCAGACUGAUGGCCCAUGCUGCUGCUGCAGACCUAUACCCAGACCAGGAGGAGUGACCCAAUGACUAAAUGUCUGACUAAAGACCACUGAUCAUUUCAAACUAACACCCAGAGGGAAGAGACCAUAAACUACAAUCAAGCUGUGGUUGAAGCUUUGUAACUAUUGACCUGGCAGUCAUGUUGAGAGGCAGAACUGUCCUUCUCCUGCUGGUCCUCUGGGCGUACCUUUGUUCCCAUGGGGACGGGCUGCGUGCCCUGAAGAGGACUACAGGGGGUCGGCGGGGGGUGGCGUUGACGCUGACGGGGCAGGAUGCCAACGGAGUGCCUCUGAGACGCUCCAAACGAGGAUGGAUGUGGAAUCAGUUCUUCCUGCUGGAGGAGUACACAGGGUUGGAUAACCAGUAUGUUGGAAAGCUCCACUCAGACGGGGACCGGGGUGACGGUAGCAUACGGUACGUCCUGACUGGCGACGGAGCCGGUACUCUGUUCAUCAUUGAUGAGAACUCAGGAGAUAUCCACGCCACUAAGAGGCUAGACCGGGAGGAGAAGGCCUACUACACACUCCGGGCCAAAGCCGUCAACAGAAUCACUAACACCUCUCUAGAGGGAGAGUCAGAGUUUAUUAUCAAGAUCCAUGACAUCAACGACAAUGAACCCAAGUUUACCAAGGAUCCCUACUUCACACACGUACCUGAGAUGUCCCCAUUGGGCACAGUGGUGAUGCAGGUGACCGCUACAGACGCUGACGACGCCACGUAUGGUAACAGUGCCAGGGUGGUCUACAGCAUCCUACAGGGACAGCCAUACUUCUCUGUAGAUCCCAACACAGGUGUGAUCAAGACAGCCCUGCCAAACAUGGACAGGGAGACGAAGGAGAACUAUGUCGUUGUGAUCCAGGCUAAAGACAUGGCUGGCCAGAUGGGGGGACUAUCAGGGACCACCACAGUCAGCAUCACCCUGUCUGAUGUCAAUGACAACCCACCACGCUUCCCCAAGAGUCUGUAUGAGUUCAAAGCUCCUGAGUCGUCAGAGCCCGGCUCGACGGUGGCCGUGCUGCGAGCUACAGACGCUGACAUUGGCAGGAACGCUGAGAUGAACUACCGAAUCACCAGCAGUGACGGCCCAGCCAUGUUCGACAUUUCAACCAAUAGGAGCACACAGGAGGGUGUCAUCACCCUCAGGAAGCCUCUGGACUUUGAGAGGAAGCGGUCGUACACUCUAAGGAUCCAGGUGGAGAACUCCAACCCUGACCCACGGUUCCUGCGCUACGCGGCGACCACGGACGAGGCGACGGUCAAGUUGAUCGUGGAGGAUGUGGACGAGCCGCCGGUGUUCGACCGGGUCAGCUACGUCAUGGAGGUCAAAGAGGACUCAGCCGUAGGCACCAUCGUCGGAUCGGUCAGUGCCACAGACCCAGACAGCAGCCGCAGCCCUGUCAGGUACUCUAUUGACCGGCGUACAGACAUGGACAGGGUGUUCAACGUGCACCCGGGUAACGGCUCAGUUUUCAUGCUAAGGACUCUGGACAGAGAGGAGAACCCUUGGCACAACAUCUCUGUCAUCGCCACGGAGUUCAACAACCCACGGCUGAUUAGCCGCAUACCAGUGGACAUCAGAGUACUGGACGUUAAUGACAACGCUCCUACAUUCGCCGCUUACUACGAAACCUUUGUCUGUGAAAACACCAAGGCUAACCAGAGGAUUCAGACAGUGAGCGCUAAAGAUGCUGACGAGCCUAUCGGUGGACACAGAUUCUUCUUCAGUCUAGCACACGAGGUCUCAGGGAAAGCCAACUUCACCGUCCGAGACAACAAAGACAACACGGCUGGGAUCCUGACCAGAAGGAACAGCUACAGCCGGCUACAGAGGAGCACCUACCUGGUUCCCGUGGUGAUAUCGGACGGGGACUUUCCCAUGCAGAGCAGCACCAACACCCUGACUGUGCGUGUUUGUACCUGCGACCGCGAGGGGAACAUGCAGCUGUGUAACCAGGAGGCUCUGGUCCUCACCGCAGGGCUCAGCACUGGAGCCCUCAUGGCCAUCAUCAUCUGUGUCCUCAUACUUCUCCUAAUUGUUGUGCUGUUCGCUGUCCUGAGGAGGCAGCAGAGGAAGAAGGAGCCUCUGAUCAUCUCCAAAGAGGAUGUGAGAGACAAUGUCGUCAGCUACAAUGAUGAGGGGGGCGGAGAGGAGGACACCCAGGCCUUUGAUAUCGGCACGCUGCGCAACCCGGAGGCUAUCGAGGAGACCAAACAGCGCAGGGACAUCAAGCCCGAGACCCUGAACCCUCCCGUCCGUCGGACCGUGGUCCUCCCUCCUGCCUACAGGGACAACUCGGACGUCAGGGAAUUCAUAAACCAAAGGCUCCAGGACAACGACCAGGACCCCACAGCGCCGCCCUAUGACUCCCUGGCCACCUACGCCUACGAGGGAAGCGGCUCGGUGGCUGAGUCCCUGAGCUCCCUGGGUUCCGUGACCACGGAGGGAGACCAGGACUAUAACUACCUGAGCGAGUGGGGACCCAGGUUUAGAAAACUAGCUGACAUGUACGGGGGAGAGGACAGUGACGGCUACAGGGAUUCCUAACCAGAGAGAAGGGAGCUCGUAAGAGGAAAAAGGAAAAUGUACAACAAACACUCAUGCACUAGCUAAAGUGAACUUAACUCCUGGUACUUUGUGAAAGUGGCAAACAAUAGAACAAAACAAGAAGGACACAAACAGACAAGGCAGUAUUUUUCAAAGUGCUCUUUUGCCGUUGUUGAUCACCGUUGAUCUUUGACCUCACUGGAGGACCUGGACGACGGCGCUUAGUGGUCUCUCUCUCUGCAAGGCAGCCGGGGACUCAUGAGGAAAAGACUUGUCAAGAAGACGCUUCGUUGUAUAUGGGGGUACUGUACUCUGUGCAUCAGGCCCCACAUAUAUCUCUAUAUACAAACAUACUUCUUCUCUUUUGUUUUUCAAAAGCUGCCUGCAAUAGAGGGACGAAAAGCAAGCGGUUUUCUGGUGAACUUGAGAGACAUCUAUGAAUUGUUCAGAGUUUCUGGAAUGAAAAGCUGCAUAUUGUGAGAUAUAUCUUAUAUUGUGUGUAUCUGUGUAUUGAUACAAUAUGCUGUACAGUUCUGUUUUGUUAUCAGGUUUCUAGCGUCCCAUUCCCUUAUAGCAUUGGCUAUGUAUGUCACCAUUUUCUUUUGAAGUCACAUAAAGCCAUGCUAAGAGACUGAGGGGUUCAACCAUAGAAAUAGAAUACUCUAAUUCUAUGGGUACAGUCAAAAUGGCCACCAGUCCACCGACUGUGGCAUCCUUGACUUGAAUGGGGACACCCACUCUACUCAUUGAAUUUCUAUGGGUUGUACGUCACCUUCCUGACCGUCAAUAACACCUGAUCCACAUAGCUUUACAUAUUCUGCAUCCCAAAUGACACCCAUUCCCUAUAUAGUGCACCAGGCUACAAUAGUGUGCCAUUUAGGAGAUCAUUCUCUGUAGGGGGGAGCUGAAACACCCGGACCAAAAAGCUCCUCAGAGUGCUAUCUGAAAAAAACUAAUGUCAAUAACACUUUGCAAUAAGGUACUCUAUAUAAAGGGUUAAUGGAAAGUGUUACCCUAAUGAACUGAACAUGUUCAAAUUAAACAUGAUUCUUUACUCAGUGUUUUACUUUAUGCUUUUCUUGGUUAAUUAAACUGAGUAAUUGAUUGAUGGUUGAACAUCCAUUUGUGAUGUGCACACUGACAAAGUUUCCAGGUCUGACAUAUUGGGACGACAGUAUGUGGGGGAGGAAGGCUAGACAUUAAGGGUAAUAUGCCAUUUUCAGUUGUAAGAAAGAAUGUUGACAUUCCGUUGGGAUUGUCAUUGACAUAAGAGGUACAGGUCAACAUAAUAUUGGGAUCAUAAAAUGUUUUGACAUAUACAUAUGAAAUGGUCAUUAGAUUGGUUUGCCAUCAUGAAAUGGUUUGACAUAUACAUAGUAAGAAAAUUGAGCAAUUCAAAUGAAGCAACUUGCCCAAGGCCAAAACAUACAAAUUGAACAAUAGCAUCAUUGCAGAAGGAUGACAUUUAAUCAGACAUUUCAA